ACCGGAGGGGGCGGGGCCUGGAGAGACCCCUGAGCUGGAGCCGAGCCUCGGCGGGAACAGAAACCCCCAGACUCACAGCUGGCAUCUCCGCGGGCACACGAGGCACAGCCCGGCACUCGCCUUGGUCUGUUGGUCAAACCAUCAGACACUGAUUCCCCUUCUUCUCUCUGGGCCCUGAUAACACACACGGGCCCAUGGGAAGACGCGGGCCCCACCAGCAGCCGGAAUGGAGGCCUCAGACCACUGGGCCGCCGCCUCCACGGACCAGAACACAUUGCUGUAGAGUCUUCAUUCUCCCCUAAAACAUGCCCCGCUGCUCCUCUGCAGCCGGAGGGACUGAACUAAGGAACCAAAGACGAGUUUCCUCUGAGGCGGGAUCCACCGGGAGCCGCUGGUGGCGAGGCCCCUCCCAGGCAGCUGCCUGCCCCCCACGCUCGGGGAGCUCUGAGCCGGUCCGUUUCCGGCGGUGCCGGUCCGGCGGCUGGUCCACAGGGUUUCUCUCCGCUGCCUUCCCGGCCUCCCAAGCAGUCCCCUCCGGCCGGGACUCGGAGCGAAGGAGCCGCACCCCCACCCGCUUCUCAUGCCGCUGUGUGAGGUCGAUUUCUAGAUGCCCCAUGUUUUUUCAUGUCAUAGGCAUGUUACAGGCGUGUCUUAGAUGAAAGGCGCCCUGGCGGAGAUCAUCCAGCUGGCCACCCUGGACUCGGACCCCUGGGUGCUCAUGGUCGCCGACAUUCUCAAGUCCUUUCCCGACACGGGCUCGCUUAACCUUGAUCUUGAAGAGCAGAACCCCAACGUUCAGGAUAUUCUGGGAGAACUUCGAGAGAAGGUGACCGAGUGCGAGGCGUCCGCCAUGCUGCCUCUCGAGUGCCGGUACUUGAAUAAAAGCGCCCUGACGACCCUCGCCGGCCCCCUCACCCCCCCGGUGAAGCACUUCCAGCUCAAGAGGAAACCGAAGAGCAGCGCCACGCUGCGGGCCGAGCUCCUGCAGAAAUCCACGGAGACCGCCCAGCAGCUGAAGAGGAGCGCGGGGGUGCCCUUCCACGCCAAGGGCCGGGGGCUGCUCCGGAAGAUGGACACCACCAGUAAGGCCGCCCCCAGACUGCCCUGGGCUGCCUCUUGCUCAGGCCCUAGCAGGCCCCCCCCACCCCCACCCCCGUCUCGGACNNNNCUGCGGAAGGGGGGGGGCGUGAAGCUGCUGCACAUUUCUGAGCUGGAUAUGGUCGGUGCCGGCCGAGAGGCAAAGAGAAGAAGGAAGACGCUGGACACGGAAGUGGUGGAAAAGCCGGCCAAGGAGGAGACGGUCAUCGAGAACGCCACCCCCGACUACGCAGCCGGCCUGGUGUCCACACAGAAACUCGGGGCUCUGAACAGCGAGCCUUCGCUGCCCUCCACCAGCUACCUGCCUGCCACACCCAGCGUGGUCCCGGCCUCCUCCUACAUCCCCAGCUCCGAGACGCCGCCAGCCCCACCUUCCCGGGAAGCCAGCCGGCCCCCCGAGGAGCCCAGCACCCCGAGCCCUGCCCUGCCAGCACAGUUCAAGCAGAGGGCACCCAUGUACAACAGCGGCCUGAGCCCAGCCACGCCCACACCCACGCCCGCGGCGCCCGCCUCACCUCUGACGCCCACCACACCCCCAGCUGUCACCCCUGCUGCCCAGGCACCUCCAGUGGCCAUGGUGGCCCCACAGACUCAGCCCCCUGCCCAGCAGCAGCCCAAGAAGAAUCUGUCCCUCACGAGAGAGCAGAUGUUCGCCGCGCAGGAGAUGUUCAAGACGGCCAACAAGGUCACGCGGCCCGAGAAGGCCCUCAUCCUGGGCUUCAUGGCCGGCUCCCGAGAGAACCCGUGCCAGGAGCAGGGGGACGUGAUCCAGAUCAAGCUCAGCGAGCACACGGAGGACCUGCCCAAGUCGGACGGCCAGGGCAGCACCACCAUGCUGGUGGACACCGUGUUCGAGAUGAACUACGCUACAGGCCAGUGGACGCGCUUCAAGAAGUACAAGCCCAUGGCCAACGUGUCCUAGGGUCGCCCGCCACUGCUUCCGCCGGCGACAGGCUCCGAGGACACGGCUCUGGCUUCCGAGCGGCAGGCCUCCGCCAUGCUGCCGAGCCCCGCCUCGUUCUCGGGGUGUUUUAGACUGAUUUUUUAAGUUUUAAGAUGGGUUACUUUUUGUGUGAUCUAAGUCACUUUUUUGGAUUCAAUAUUACAUUUUUGAAUGUUCAAGUUAACCAAAAAAGUUCUAACUUCCUAAUUUUAGUGACAGCUCUGCCUGUUAUAGACUUUUACUUUUUUAUUUUUCUUAAAUUCCAUUGCCCUCGAGGUUGAGGGGACCAAAGGGGGGCCAGGCGGGGCUGAGAACAGGGUGGGGACAGGCUGCUGAGGCCGAGCUACACUCUUCGCCCACAGGUUUUCUACGCGUCUUUUGUACAGUUGUGAGCAUUUGAGACCAGCCUCCGGGCACCUGUGUUCAUUGUACAAACUACCUGAGUGAUUAAAGUUUAGCUUUUCUACAGGAA